UGAGGCUCAGGUCUAUAUCGUUUAAAGAGCAGGGCCAUGGAACUCCGACAAAAGAGGGUUCGGAUCCUCCUGUUUGUAGUUGGCAUCAUUCUGCUUAGCAAGACAGCUGGAAAGUGCAGAGAGCUAGUUGGGGAGGAAGGUUCGUCCCAAUGUGGGAAGUUCACAAUUUUCGAUUGUUUCGAUAUGGGCGCUGGAAGUUUAGGAUGCAGUGUGAAGGAAGCUGCGAAACUCUUCUCCUACAACGUUGAGACUGCUCGUGUGUUGAAAGCAAGGGAUGAAGCCGUUGAAACUGCCCUUUUUCAAGCAGCUUCAAAGGGGAUGUCACAGAAAAAGUCGUCAAAACUUGCUGAAAAACAUGGUAAGAAGGCAGCAAAGAUGGCGUCCCGUGAAGCGAAACGCGUUAUAGGUCCCAUAAUGUCUUCAGGAUGGGACUUUUUUGAAGCUAUCUAUUAUGGGGCUACCAUGACAGAAGGGUUCCUCAGAAGCAUAGGAACAUUGUUUGGUACUUAUAGCGGAGGCUUCUUUGGGGAGCAGUGUCUUGGGAGGCUUGGUUAUCUUGUGGGAAGUCAAAUAGGAAGUUGGGCCGGAGGCAGAAUUGGACUAAUGGUUUAUGAUGUGGUUAAUGCAGUGCAUUUCUUGUCCUUGAAAUUAUAGCUCCAAUUCCCACAGCAUGUCAAGUUCAUCGUUUCACAUCAUAUUGUUUUGCCCCCGAUUGAUUUUUUUGUCCGACCGUACAUCGUUUCACGCCCAGAUUUUUGACAAAUGUACGCGUUUCAAUUAAUAUCUUAUUCACAGAUUUCCUUCCUGAUGUUGCAAACGCUUCCUUUAGAAAGUUGCAUGUAGGUCUAUGUUUGCUUAUGUAUCUCAGGGCUCCAGGAUAACCAGUCAAACAAUAUUUUCAACAGAUAAAAAUGAUUGCCACAAAUCAUAAAAUGCUGGGAACGAAUUUGUUAAGUAACCUUGGUUCAACCAUAAAGGGCUGACACUUGUGUAGCGAGGAGGAGAGGCAGAAAAGCAGAAUAUGUAUAUGAACGUCAUUGAACAGCAUGACAGUAAGAAUAAAAAGACUACCAAGAACCCUAUCAAACUCAGCAAAAAUUCACCUGUAUU